AUGUCGACAAUACCGUCAAGGACAAGAUCAAUUCGUAAACCUUCAGAGAGAAUUACUAAUCUAAGUCGUCCCGAUAUCAAACCAUCAGUGGCCGCAGCUCCCGAAAAUAUAGCUUCACCCAGUCGUUUGCCCAUCAAACCACGAAGAACAACCAUAUCAACCGCAUCCAGCACGCCCACAUCUACACGACCAUCGACUACGAGUUCCAUUGGUACCAACAAUGCUUCUAUACGUCCCCCAUCUACCCGGACAACUGUGACCAAACCUCCUACUACGACGGGUAGUCAGGCUCGAUCAACGUCUGUUCGAAAUUCAUCUGCUGCGACGUCCGAACCCGUAAAAGACCGUUCAAGACCACCCCUCACUUCUACAAAUCGGCACAUACGUACCUCGUCGAUCACGUCUGCUACUACACGACCGACCCAUCUACGUACAAAUUCUUCAUCGACAAUACCAAACAAUUCCUCCACUGUCCUCCGCCCACCCAGUCAAACGUCGCAGAGAUCUCGCCCACCGAGUCAAACCUCGCAGAGAGCGCAACCACAAGAUGCCCCAGUGAGAGCACGUCCACAAUCCCUAUACGGAGAUUCAUCCAUUCGCAAACCUGCAUUCUCAACUCUCCAACAGCACUUUUCACCCGCAAAGAACGUUGGUUCCAAGCCGCAUCCUGCGUCCUUCCUCGCCGCCCCGACUCCCAGCAAGCUUCCUGCGAACAUUGCAAUCACUGCGGAAACCGCAAAGCUCCAGAAUGAAUUAUUACAAUUGCACUUGUUGCAUCGGGAUGCAGAGUUAGUAAGCAGACAAUGGAAAGCGAGUGCGAAGAAGAAGCUUGGGGCAAAAUUUCAAUCGGUGGUAAAGAGACAUGAUGAGUUACUUCGCCUGGAGGUAGAGGAAGCUGGAAGAGUCAAUGCGGCUGCUUUUAAAGAAUGGCAAGAUGUAGGAACUCCUGGGUGGGGUUUGGAGGAGAAGAUACAACUACUCGAUGAAGUGCUCAACGAAGCUUGGAAUCUAGGCGAGCCUGGAGGAAAAUAUGCGAGGCUCGUGAGAAAAUUCGAGAAGUGGGUUAACAGAUGUGAAGAAAUUUUGAGGGAUAGAGAUCACGAUCAGAUGUUGGACGAGGAAGAGGAAAUAGUGUUCAUCGAGGAACUAGACCUGGCGUGGAAAGACGAAUGCUUGGUUUUAAACAGGAAACUCGAAGGAUGGCGAGAUGCUUUGCAAGAUCUCGGGUGGCUAGAAAAGGAGUCUACAAUGGCAAGUGUGGUGGGCGGGCUCAGGGCCUUGGUGGGUGGUAUGCUUCUAGAGUUGGAGGCCAUGGCGCAAAUAGAAUCAGAUGCGGUGGCAUUAGAACAGGAAUGGAUUAAGAGUGUAAACGGGAGCAUGGAGGACGAUAAUAAUACCCCGGUCGCAGGAGCAGUAUGGCGAUUCAUGUAG